UUUUCGUAGAUUGUGAACAUGACUGCAUCUUGCAAUCUCAGUAGUAAACCGGAAGUUGAAUGAAUGUCAAAGCAGUCAUGGCGGAUUUCGGCGAUACGAAUUCGCACGAUAUGACAGAAAAUCAUCCACCAAAACGUUUUAAGAAUCAGUGGGUGCGAUUAAAUGUGGGUGGAACGUAUUUCCUGACGGCAAAAACUACGCUGGCAAGGGAUCCGAAUUCGUUUCUCUAUAGACUCUGUCAAGAGGAUUCCGAUCUAAUAUCGGACAGGGAUGAAACUGGUGCCUAUCUUAUAGAUCGGGAUCCAACGUAUUUCAGUCCUGUUUUAAAUUACUUGCGACAUGGUAAACUCGUUAUCAAUAAGGACCUUGCUGAGGAAGGUGUACUGGAAGAGGCGGAAUUUUAUAAUAUCACUGAAUUGAUUCGGCUGGUUAAAGAACGAAUCAUACUCAGGGACACCCGGCCACAACGAGAUUCUAAAAAACAUGUGUAUAGGGUCUUGCAGUGUCAUGAGGAUGAGCUGACCCAAAUGGUAUCGACAAUGUCUGAUGGCUGGAAAUUUGAGCAGCUAAUCAACAUAGGCUCUCAGUAUAAUUAUGGGAACGACGAUCAUGCAGAAUUCCUGUGUGUUGUGAGUCGAGAGUACGGGGCAAGUCAACUCACCAGCAAGGAACAGGAAUCCACUGAUCGUGUCAAGGUCCUGCAGCAGAAGGGCUCACGCAUGUAAUCUAGUCCUAGCAUCCUCACUCCCUUCUCUAGACCAGCUACACGCAGCAACAAGACGAAGACUGUUUUUCUGUUGUUUUAUUUAGCAGCUUUUACUCCAUACGAGAUACGAGAUCCGAGCAACUAACAUUUGUCAGGAUCUCGUUUAAUUUAUAGUUAUAGGGAUUAUAACGAAUAAGGAACACGCGCUGUGGUGCAAGAGAUUAUGUAAAGAAACGAGGAAAAGAAAAAUCAGCAACUUAAUAUAUCACAAUGGGAUCUUCAAUGGCUUUUACACCGUGCUAACAGAGUGAAGAUAAAAUCGUUUAUAUUCAACGUAAAGGAUGAUACAGGAUACAUCACAGCAUCCUGACACACUUAAGGAUUAAGAUGAAUUCCUGAGAUCUUUGGAUAAAUUGAAUCUUCAAGAGUAAUCCACAUUAUCUGGUACACUCUGUAAAAUUCCUUUGAAACAAGGAAUCCUGACUCACUAAUAUAACAAUUAUAAUACCAAAUCACAACUUUGGUAAGAUUGGCACAGUGGCAAGUGAUUAUACCACGAUGGCUCUCUACAAUUAUAAUCUGACAAGAGAAGUGGAACAGGAAAUGAAGAGACUUUGAGAAAUAGAGUGAAUCCUCGUUAUGAAUUAUUAUAACGAAACUAAAGGAAACGCAUUAUAUAUUUACAUUGAUAGAGGUCAAUGGACAAUAGACGCUAUGGAGGAAAUCUCUGAUAUACGACUUUCUAACGCCAUGUGCAUUACAUACAUACAGGGUGGCCCAGUCAAAAGUAUCCAAACCAAUCGAGUGCUUUGACCAAGGUGACUUCUUUUAACUGAGCUACCCAGUAUAUAUAAAGCGUCGUAUAGCUAUACCAGUGAUGCUCAGGGGACUCAUUUUACAUCGCAAGUCAUUCACAAGAGACCCCUCAUCAAUUGAUGCUGAUGUACCAGCAAGAUAAUACAUAUUAUUUUAAGGCGUCUAUCAAUUAGAGUAUUAGAUGAUUAGGUACUCGUAUAAAAAUUGAUAGAAAAUUCAUGGUCGUACACAAUAAGCGCACAUCCUUCGUAUAUCCAUGAUCAUAUAAAAAUUUUGAAAUUCCAUAAAUGCGCACUGCCGUUAACACGUACAUAAAAUUUUUUGCGAUUAUAUAAGAACGACGUGUGACUUUCGUAAUGCCUUAUUGUUUCUUCUUUCUUCUUUCACCAUGAGGAUCCAUAAGUCCUCAAGAUGAAAUCAAGAUUAACCCUUGAAAGCUCCGAACAACUGAGCACAUUUGUUCUUCGAUAACUUAAUGUAAUAAUGAUUUAAGGAUAAUUAGAGAUUUUAAUGAAACGCAAGAACGAGAAAAGUUAUGCAGGAUUAAACAAAAUAUGAUGAGGGAUAAACGUAUAACGGUGUCUUUUAUCUUGUCCCGUGAAAUUUUAUUUCUUCUCACUUUGCAAUAAGACAGAGUAGAAUUUAAGGAUAAACUGUCAAGCGGAAGCACAUAAUUAUAGUUUAUAAUACUUUACGACGUCUUAACGCGCGUUGUCAUUUCCGGUAUUGACGCCCGGAAGUCCCUUGACGGGAGUCUCUUUUCUUUUGCGGGUGGGACUGCCGGGCGCAUGUACAAGAGUGUAUUUGAAUUUGUUAUACUUGUUUAUUUUUUUUUAUUUUUUCUUGAAAAUAUAUCAGGAUCGUAUGUUACACGGUACUGAAUUUAUCUAUAUUAUAGUUGAGUGUGAGAGUAAUAGAGAUAUAGGUUGUCAAUUGUCAUAGGCCUAUAAGGAAGCGUCCUAGACAAUAUAUUCAUGCUUGCUACACACGUGCAUCUGAAAGUGUGAGAGAAAUAGACAGAAAAUGAGACAGAGAGAAAGAGAGAGAGAGAAGUUUUAUUAAAGAAUUAUAUAAAUAAGCCCAAUGGAAAGUUAUGAAUGUAUGUACAAGACCAUGGACCUCGGUGUUAUAACUGGACAUAGAGAAAGAUCAGAGUGCAAUUAUCAUUGAAGAAUUCAUAUACAGGAAUGAUUGGAAAAGGUUAAAUGAGAGAAAGAUGAAAUUUGGUCCUUUUAUUCCAAGGAACGCGAUACCCGUUUGCUGUUCUGGUACCGGGUGCGCAUAUGUUGUUUUAAUGAAAGAAUUAUAUGAUGAGAGAGAGAGAGAGAGAAAUCCAUUCUUUAGCUCAAAUUCAUGUGACUAAUAUAGGCGACAUUGAUAUUCGUUAUCGUCAAAAGUCAUGAUUAAAUAUAAGUACGUCAUUACGUAUUAUAUAUGUAAAACUUUUUCGACUAUGUGAAAGGAUUUGUACUUUCAUAGACAAAUUUCUAAAGCUAUCGACUACUCGAUGUGUAUCGUUAAGCAUGAAAAUUAUAUUUAUAUGUAUAACCGAAAGGUAACUUUUAAUACGAGUAAAUGUUAAUAAGUGAUUAAGAGAAGAAGAUGGAUAUGAGAGCGAAAGAAUGUUUUAAAUUCAUAUAGUCAAAUAAUGUUAAUCCAGUAUGGGAUGGUGUAGAAUUUACAGAGGGAACUUUACUAAGCAUUUUCUUCAUUCAUCGAUUAUUAUUGGAAUAGAUACAGACGGAAGGAAGGGAAUGGAAAAUGACGAAGGAAGGAAGGUGACAUUCCCAUAUUAAUGAUUCUAUUCGACAUGUGUACUCUUCUCAGUAGAAGUAUCUGGUGCGGAACUCCUUUCUCUGUUUUUCUAUUCUAUUGUUUAAUCGUGUGAAGAAGAAAAUGUUGUCAUAUGUACAGUGGAGACUCGAUUAACCGGACUAAUUGUUGUCGAAAGUCAUUCGGAUAAUCGAAAAUCCGGAUAAUUGAAUGUAUGAAGAAAAGCGGUUUUUGUAUUACAUACAUAUAUAUUAACUCUAGAAAGAAAACCUAUGCCGCCCGCGCAUGGUUAUCUUUUAGUUACGUUGUCAUAUGGUAUCUUUCCAGGGAAACUGUCUAGCUAAAACAACAAUGAAACAGGGCAAAGAAGAGAUCGCGUGGGGCGCGGGCGGGUAGAGCCAGCGCAACAUGUCCGUGCACGCACGGACUAGACUACAAAGAUAUUUGCUUGCAGUUGGCAAUCCGGAUAAUUACGAAUCCGUAUAACUGAGGUCCGGAUAAUCGAGUCUCCACUGUAGUUUUGUUCAAUUGCUGUGUGGGCAUUCUAUGCAAUACAUGAUGGAUACAUUUUUCACUACCACACCUUGCAGGAGCACUCUUAAUAUCUAUCGACAGUAAUUACCAGAGUUAAUCAUUAGUAGAUCAUUCAACUUAAUCAGGAAGCAAUUCAAGUUAGAUGGUUGUACUUAUCCACACUCCUCUGAAUCUUACUCUCUAUGAACUAUGACCAUCUUGACAGUAUAAGUUAGCACGAGAGUUGACUACCAGCAACCGAAUUAGUGUGAUACAGUCGUGGAUUAUAAUAAGUUGUAUGAUCAUAGUGUUACAAUAUGAAUUAUAAUGUUCUGUGCAAACAGGUGGUACAAGAAUUUGAUUGUUUUCUACCACUUCUAAGUUAAAAUAAAUAAAGACUUUAUUGUAUAA